CACCCUUCAACUCCGUGUGUGUUAUAUUUCGCGUCAUCAAACCUUUUUAGCUUCAAUGCUCUUCGCUUAUCAUAAUCUUACUUCCACUAUAUAUAUAGAGAGAGAGUAGCCACUUUUUCACAUUGACCAGAAAGCAAAAAAACCUCAAACUGAAACAACAUCCAAUACACUUUUCAAUCACUGACCAAGAAUAAUGGAUAUCUUUAGAAGCUAUUAUUCGGACCCACUUGCUGAAUAUUCAUCAAUUUCUGACAGUAGUAGCAGCUCCUGUAAUAGAGCUAACCAUUCUGAUGAGGAAGUGAUGUUAGCUUCGAAUAACCCCAAGAAGCGAGCAGGGAGAAAGAAGUUUAGAGAAACUCGACACCCAGUAUACAGGGGAGUGAGGAAGAGGAAUUCAGACAAGUGGGUUUGUGAACUCAGAGAACCAAACAAGAAAUCAAGAAUAUGGCUGGGCACUUUCCCUUCUGCAGAAAUGGCGGCUAGAGCUCAUGACGUGGCGGCUAUUGCAUUAAGGGGCCGUUCUGCUUGCUUGAACUUUGCUGACUCUGCUUGGAAGUUGCCUAUUCCAGCUUCAACCGACGCCAAGGAUAUUCAGAAAGCGGCGGCGGAGGCCGCGGAGGCAUUCCGGUCAUCGGAGGCCGAAAACAUGCCGGAAUACUCAGGAGAAGAUACGAAGGAAGUGAACAGUACUCCUGAAAAUAUGUUUUAUAUGGAUGAGGAGGCGCUAUUCUUCAUGCCUGGAUUACUAGUGAAUAUGGCAGAAGGACUAAUGUUACCUCCACCUCAGUGUUCACAAAUUGGAGAUCAUAUGGAAGCUGAUGUUGACAUGCCUUUGUGGAGUUAUUCUAUCUAAGUAUAACUCUGGUUAUCACUUAGUAUUGGGUGAUAUUCCCUAUAAGUACAGUUACUUCAAUUAAGAUUUCGGAGGUUUUGGUAAAUUUCGUACUCAUGAAUAUUUGGAGGGUACGGAUGUAUAUAGGCGUUGUGAAUUUAGUAUGAUGUACUAGUAGUACUCCUAUGUUCUAGUAGUAGUUCUGGCUAAAUGCAAAACAUUGGCCUAGGCAGAAAAAAACAUUAGCUUUGUGAAUUUCAAGCCAUCGUAUUUGAAUGAAAUACGCACAAGUUAACUUAGCAGCUA